AUGCAAAGACUGUCAUGGAGGAGCAGGGAAAGGAGAGAAGCGGGAGCGGGAGGAGGGGCAGAAGCAGGAGCUGAAGUAGGCGGAGGAGGAGGUGCGGGAGCAAGGAGAAGAGAAGGAAAAGGAGAAAGAGGAGCAGGGGCGGGAGCGGGAGUAGGCGUAGGAAGAGGAGGAAAAGGAAGAGGAAGAGGGACGGAGCAGAAGGAGGAACAGGAGCAGAAGCUGGAGUCGGCGGAGAAGGAGGUGCGGGAGCAGAGAGAAAAGAAGGAAAAGGAGAAAGAGGAGCAGGGACGGGAGCGGGAAAGAGAGAAGGAGGAGCAGGAGCUGGAGUGGACCGAGGAGGAGGAGCAGGCGGGGGAGGAGGACGAAAAAAACAAAAAGGAGAAAGAGGAGCACGUAAAGAAGGUAGUUUUAGUAAUAAUAAUUUAUUUAACCCCUCAAACUAUCAGUACUUUUCUCAGAAUGCUUCCACAAGGACUAAGAAAUGGUAAGAGAAAGCGAUAG